AUGCUGGGCAUACACAUCUUUGCUAUGCUGUUCUACGUCGCCUCUGUAGCUUCUAGUGUAUACCCGACCCGCCCUAUAGCCAAGACGGUUAUGGGCGCUGGUCGUCUCUCUUCUGUGACUUGGAUCAACGAUAAAACCUGGCCGUCUUUGUCGGAAAUGGGACCCAUGAAAAUUGACCUCUAUCUUGAAGACGACACAUUUGUUGCUACACUAGCCAAAAAUGUUGACCCCACUCGGAGGUCGCAGAAAAUUUGGAUCUCUCCAACCUGGGGGCCCAACGGCUCGGAAUACCACAUGCGUUUUAUCUGCGAGACGCCGCCGCUGACAGUCUACACCGCCGAUUUCACGAUCACUGCUAUGGACGAUACAUCACCCUUUCAAGGCGCAGAGAAGGCUGUCAUUUCUUCUACCGUUGGAGGCGCUGAGGCUGCGAUGUCUACAUCUUCCGCUAUUGCGCCUUAUCCCAGCUCUCCCAGCACUAUGACUACGUCAUCCACUGUUUCUUCAACUACGCAGACAUCAAGUCCCACCAGUACAACCUCUUCACCUACCGGCACUCAAACUCACAACCCAUACAUGAACAAGGCCAAAACUGGUGCAAGUGGCGGGGGUCUCUGGACACGAACUACUGUCGAUCUCGAACGAGUCAAGUUCCGCUUGGUCUUCAUCCUCUGGCCCAUGAUGAUUGGGAUCACAAUGGCGAUUUGA